AUGGCGAGACUCACUGACGAUGCCGGCGAAACGUCUUGGAAUGUACCACGUCCACGGGAGUGUCGCAUUCUCGCAUACGACUUUCGUCUCAAAUUGGGCAUCUGCCUGGUUCUCGUAUAUGCUUGGGCCCCCGACAGUCGAAGUACAAUCGAUAUGAUCAAGAACACCAUCAUAACCACCGUCAUCAUCAGCAAAGCCAUCCGUCAUCUCACUUGCAACAUCAAAAGU